ACACACACACAUUCACACCUCCUUAUGCCACAACACUAGUGUGAGUUCCCCAGGAGCUAUGUGAUAUAAAGGCACCACACCACUACUCUUCAACCAGAAGGUGGAAGGACAUCCCUGCAUAGCCUACACGUAAGGAACUUCUAAUCUGGUCUGACUAGGUGUUGAAGUGAUGAAAAAUGGCAAACCUUUUGACAAGACAUCACAUGGGAGAUUUAAGAGCAAGAAGAGUCUCACAUGCUCGUGUUAAGCAGGAUUCCCCAGUUCCUCCACCUGGGCUGCUCCAGUUUUCCUCGGUCCAGACAGACUCUCUGAUACUGGAGUGGUCCUCACCGCCUGGAGCUGGGCCCUACAGAUACAUAGUCAACUGGACCAAAGGCAAACCGCAGAGUGCUGUAGUGGAGGGGUUGAGUCUGGAGGUGACGGGUCUGCAGCCAGGAGAAGAGUACUACUGCACUGUUGCUGCCCUCAGUCAAGAUGGUUGCCAGAGCAACUGUGUGGAGGGAUCCGUGCUGACAGUGACAACCUUCGAAGCUGCCAAGGCCUUGGUGAUAUAUUGGUGGACUUUCUUGAUGUCAUGGUUAACCUGGUGGAUAUGCGACACACCAAUAGGAGAAGGACUCCUUGCUGACCUGCUGUCUGCUCUGGGCCUCAGAGAUCUUCAUGGAGGGAAGCUCUCACUCAGCUCAGUCCUGGAGCUCAACAGGAGCACAGUGACUGAUGAACCAGCACAGAAUCUGGAACAGCUGGCAUGGAACUUCUUGAAGAGCCUCAUGAUGUCCAAUGUAAAUGCCCGAAAUAUGAAUUAUGCCGAUGAUCAUUCAGAACAUGCAAAGAAGUGUGAUUCUGCUGAACGUACUGGUAACUAUAUUGCCAUGAAUCCUUUAGAUUUGAUCACAGCUUUGUUCCAUUGUUCAGAUCCUUUCCUCCAGCAGGAAUUGGUCUCUAAAAUGGCCAUGUGCCAGUUUGCUGUUCCACUGCUGCUGCCAAACGGUGACAUAGAGCAGUGCACUCUGAUGCUGUGGGCCAUGAGAGACCUGGUUAAAAAGUACAGACCUCACUCUCAAACAGGAGACGGGGCAUUUGUAGAGGGCAUGGUUGUAGAAAUGGACAUCCCCAUGGUGUCUUUUGUUAGACUAGGAAAGAGCAGUUUUCCCAAAUCUCAGAUUCUAAACAAGUUGCUCAGUGAUCAGCACAACGACACAUUUGUCCACCGUGGCAUGGAGUGUGGCGAUGUGCCCAGGAGAAUCUCAGAUGGUCUGGUUGAAGUGAGCUGGUAUCUGCCCAGUGAGAACCCAAACAUUGACGUGUUCACCCAGCCAAUGGCCAUAGCCAAUCUGAGAGGAGACGGCCGGUCGUUUAAGACCCAGAUGUCCUUCCUGUGUCAGAGCUCAGCUGCUGUGUUCAUCUCCAGUGAUGACGUAGACGGAGACCCCAGCACUCUGGCCAACAGUAAGAACAAGGCAGAGCUGUUCCUGAUCACCAACUCUCAGAGCGAGAACUUCAACUUGGAGAAACUCAAGGACGUGUGCAGACAACUCAACAUCGACGACAAAAACAUGAUCAUCAAGAACAGCCAGAAUGAUGUCGAUUUUGUGAAGACUUUACGUGUCCAUGUGAGCGGCGUCAUUGAGAAUAACCCUCAUAAACUCAAAGUGGAAAGCAUGGUUGGUGUUGCUCAUGCUGUGGGCAUUCAAGUAGAUGAGGACAGUGCUGAGUGCAGGAAUGGCAAACUGCAUGCUGAAGGAAUCACUGAAGCUAUUGAGGAUGUCAUGGCGUUCAAGAAGAACCAGCUACCUUUGCAUGGGGACAUCUGGAGGGAAAUCAGCCAGUUGGAGAAAGAGAGAUGCAGAAUGAGAAACGCAGGGAACGACACAGAGCACUACCUGAGCCAGCUGAAGAUCAGAGAAAGGGCACUGAGAGAUCAGCAGCAUCAGCUCAGCGUAUCAGACGCUAUGGUCAAAUUUACUGCUGGAAUCUCACAAUCGGGAAAAGAAUAUCCGUUCUUCCUGAAGUGGCUGAAGAUGCAGCUGGACACCCAUUGCAGACGUGAGCUGUCCACACUGAGAGAGCAGCACCAAGAGUGCUGCAGAAACACGCCACAGGACGAAGAGAAGAUUGCACUCUUAAAUGGGAAAAUCUCCAACUGCUCUUUGGGUCUUGAGCACUUCUUCCGUGAGCUGGGGCAGCUUUAUGAGUGUGCUUGCUCCCUUCCAGAAAACAACCCAGCCAGGCAGAAGGUCCAGCACCUGCCUGCUCUGUGUGCUCAGAUGCUGCUGGACGGGUUCCCAGUUGAGCUGGUCGAUGGAGAUGCUUCAAACAUCCCAAUGAAGUGGAUAUCAGAGGUCCUGACUCAGCUCCAUCGGCUGGUGAACUCCAAGAGUAGGAUCCUGGUGUUGACUAUGCUGGGAGUGCAGGGCACUGGGAAGUCCACCCUCAUCAACACCAUGUUUGGAGUGCAGUUUGCCGUCAGCAGUGGAAGAUGCACCAGAGGAGCCUUCAUGCUGCUGAUUAAGGUUUCUGAGGAAUUCAGAUCUGAGCUCAAGUGUGACUUCAUCAUGGUCAUCGACACAGAGGGCUUAAAAUCACCUGAGCUGGCAGGACUAGACACAAACCAUGAACACGACAACGAGUUAGCAACACUGGUGGUAGGGCUCAGUGACAUCACCAUCAUCAACGUUGCCAUGGAGAACUUCACAGAGAUGAAGGACAUUCUGCAGAUUGUGGUCCAUGCCGCUCUUAAGAUGAAGGAGGUUGGGAAAAAGUCGAGAUGUGUGUUUGUGCAUCGGAACAUAUCAGACAUGUCUGCUUAUGACAGCAACAUGAGAGACAAGAAGAAGAUGGUGGAGCAGCUGGAUGAGAUGACCCGAGUAGUAGCCAAAAGGGAGAAGAGGGAAGCCAACACAAAGUUCUCUGAUAUAAUGGAAUAUGACCCUGAUGAAGACAGCUACUACAUCCCCGGACUCUGGCAUGGAACUCCCCCGAUGGCCCCAGUGAAUGCUGGCUACAGUGAAGCUGUGUGUGAACUCAAGAGGAGUUUGAUUAACUCUGUGACAAUGUCAGAUGACAUUGAGAGCAAUGAUGCAACAGAAUUCCUGAAGUGGACAGAAGGUUUGUGGAAUGCCGUGAAGUUUGAGAACUUUAUCUUUAAUUUCAGCAACAGUUUGAUGGUAGAUGCAUAUUCAGCUCUAUGCACUCAGUACAACACUUGGGAGUGGUCAUUUCAGCAUGAGAUGAACAACUGGCUUAAAAUUAAGGAAGCAGAGUUGUCCAAUGUUGGAGUAACCGAACAGAAUGUCCAGACGGAUCAUUUGCGUAACAUACUCAAAGAGAUGGUGAAUGAGGGAUUGAAUAAGUUGGAUGAAGAGGAAAAGAAGAUUCUUGCAAACCUUGAAAAAUACUUUGAGAAAAAGGAUCGUAAAGUCUGUUUGGUAAAGAAAUACAAAGCGGAUUUCUGGUCAAAUGCCGAAUCUCUCAGACAACAGACAGAAAGCGUCAUCACACAGUCCUUAGAGAAGGCUGUUGAAAUAAUGGAGGGAAUGGAGGCGCUGAAUAGAAUAAAGAAAACCCAGAUUGAAACAAUAGAGAGGAACAUCAAGAAGCUGCAUGCAAUCUGGCAAAAUCAAAAGGUAACUACAAAACGGGACACAGAAUUUGAGGAGACGUGGGAAGGAAUAACAUCAGAGCUCUCUACACUUAGCCUGCCAGACAGAAAUGCUUACCAGGAUGUGCUUGAUCAACUCAAGUCAAAUCUAAGUUCAAAGAGUGGACAACAUGUCGACGAAAUGCUCAACACAGUUGACCUGAGGUCUAGUGGAGAGGAGAAAUUCAUUGUUAAAUCUGAUUGGUUUUCUGACUGGGAAAGCUGGGCAAAGAGAGGAUUUGGUGCCAUUAGCGAAAUGGAUAACACACAGUUCAUUGCUAAAAUACAAGAUGUCUGUGAUGGUAUCAUCAACAACUCUGAAGAAUGGAUAUCAGAUAUCAUACUCACCAUGAAAAGACACAACACAGAUUACAAUAAGACAUACAUCGAUAGCAUCAUCAAUUCCAUUGAUAAGCAGUCAGAUAAAAUCCCUGAUGAAUGUGGAACUUAUCUGAAGCAUCAUGUCGGUGUCCGAACAGCAGAGUCCUUCCAUACAGCACACAAGGAAUUCAAUGACUUCAAUAACCCUCAGAAGCGUCUGAUGGAGGUCAAACUCACAUUCAAGGUGAAAUUCAAUGACUUAUUUAAUGAAGAAGAUCAUAGCCAGAAGAAAGCUACAGAAUUCAUAGAGACCUGUUUGAAGCUGGCAGUUCAGGACUACGUGUCUAGAGAGCUUGGGCUGAGAAUUGGGAAUGAAAUGAAGCUGGGAGAUGGAGGAACUGACUACAACACACAGACUAGCUUCCAGUUUGCCCUGUUAAAACACCUGCUUGAAAGCGACUCAUUUGAGAAGUACAGGGAUUAUACUUUAUCACAUGAAACAUUUGUGAAAGACUGGAUUAAGCAACAGAUCACAGCACAAGCAAACAUGACUAAACUGGAGAAACACCUACUCUCUGAUAUUGUAGAGACUAUCAGGAACACAGUCAACAACUGCUCAAAGUCUAAAGACUUAAGUGUGUUUAUACAACAAUUUUGUGAUACUCUGAAAGAUAAAUUGAUCUUCCAAAAAGAUGCUUUGCAGACCUUUAUGAUCCUCAACAAUGCAAAACCAGACCAGUUUGCCACCGACCUAAUAGGCCUCAUCAAAGUCAUGGAAGAGUCCCUAAUUCAGGAGUAUGACAACAAAACAGACAUCGAAUACUUCACUAACAGAAUUGAUCAGUUGCCCUCAAAGCCCCAUGAGCUGCUCUUCACUACCCUGUGCGGAUGUGGGCACCAUUGCCCCUUCUGCUACACGCCCUGUGAGGUCAAAGGUACAGCCCACGAAGGACACUUCUCCAGCCUGCAUCGGCCCACCGCAUUCGGAGAGUAUCGAGACAGGCAAACUCAAAUAUUGUCGACUGAUAUAUGUACAACUUUGGUGAAAAGUGGCGUGUCAUUUAAAAAUGCAAAAACAAAUGGUGUGUUUCAUCCCUAUAAAGAGUACCGGGACCUCUACCCUGAGUGGCAUAUACCAGCAGAUUCCGAUCUUGAGGCCUCAGACUAUUGGAAGUAUGUGCUGAUGAGAUUUAAUGAUGAAUUUGCAGAAGCUCAUGACGCAAAACCUGCAGUUAUUCCAAGUGACUGGAAACUACUUACACCAGAGGACGCACUGAAAAGCCUUAAAAAGGCAUUCAGCAUAAAGUAACCUGCAGUAUGGAGGAUUCUCAGUGGGAAUUUUAAAUUCAAACCAGAAUUGGGAAAAUGAUGCUCAGUAUGAUUGUGGUCUUGUAUUGGCACUGUCAUGGCAGUGUGAGAUUAUGUACUCACCAAACUGGGUGUACAUGGCGAAGGAACCGCUUUGCAAAAAUAACCACAGCAGAGUGUAGAUUAAACUACACAACUACAGUAAUGCCAUUAGUGAAUGUAAAUACGGUUUGUUAUUAUGUAGGGUUUAUUAUAGAGGAGUUUUCCCCCUGGAGAUUGUAAUAUGUUGAAAUCAUUAUCAUUAACUUUUUAAAAUAUUUUUAUUAUUAUUAUUAUUAUUAUUAGCUUUAAUAUACAUAAUUAUUGUGGGGCAUCAGUAAGGUUUGAUGAUAACUUCAUUAUUCUGUCUUUUACUCUUUAAAGCUACAUUGUGUUGUAUUUAGGAAGAUUGCUCAAAUUUCAGUUUCCAAGAAUUCCCAAUUAACUUACCUGGUAAUGUGAAUCAUUAUUUUGUUGGUAGCUUCAUAUCUACAUCCGUCUCUUAUGCAUUAUGUUAAUCCUUAUGCUGUUCAGGUGAUCCAACCACACCUAUAGCCUUCACUUCACCUGAUAUUAUACACAUUGUGCAGCUGACACAUCUUAUGCAUAUUAUCUAUGUGGUGCUUACUAUGGGAAAUGUUCUAUAUUCAUUGUGUUUGGUUUUUAUUGUGGGAUUGGCAUAUAUGGCUGUAGGAAUGCUGUUUUAUCUAAUCAUGAGGGUUUUUGUAUCUAAGUGAGGGAUUACUUAAAGGUACACUAUGCACUUUGUAAACUCAUCAUCUUACAAAGCUGAUUCAUCUACAGUGUUAUGGCUUAAUGAAGCAGUUAACAUGUGUGUGUUCACUGGCAUGUACUCAA